AUGGAUCCCUCCAUCAAGUCCCCCUACCAGUCGCCUUAUCUUGAAGAAGACCAAGAUGAAGAUCACGAAGAAGCAGAACACCACGAAUAUUGUUCACCUGGACAACCCGCCACCGACUCAAUCUCCAAUUCACCACCUCCAAUCGAACAAGAAAGCCCCAAGCUAAAUUUCAUUUUAACCUUGGACGACCUCUACCAUGACAAUACCAUUUACCCACCAUCUCUCUCUUCUGCAGAGCGUCUCUAUCAAAGCGUGAUCUGGGACUUCAUACCCACGGACUUACAAGUCCUAGCAGAAUUCGGCUUUGACGAACUUGACACGAUCAGGGAAAAGAGUAACCUCGUGAGACUUUAUCAGGGUCUACGCUACUUUAGGAUCACGCCCGAUGAGCUCCAGAAGUGGCAGGUUGAGGGUUCUCUGGUGGAUAAUAUUAUCCAAACAUACUGCCGAGUGCCUGAGAUCAAUCGGGGAUUCUACUUUGAGUGGUUCUUAGGGCGGACUUGGGUUCUGGAGAAGGCGGAGGAGGAGUUGUCGGAGAUUUGCUGA